UUCAUGGGCAGUCAGUGAUGUGGACUUGAGAUGCAAACAGAUAUGAACUUGAAAAUCUGGAAGCAGAGUGGUAGUGCAGCCCACUAGUAUGUGGGCUAUGCAUAUACAGCAUCACACAUAAGCCCUUCUGCAUAGAUCAUUCUUUGUUCUUCUAAGGAAAGGAGGCAAACUGAUUGGUAUCUGUCACUGCAGGAGAUGCUGUUUUGGAAAUGGACAUACUAGUGGACCUUGAAACCCUAAAUUUUGAGUCUGGCAUUCCAGAGGAAGAACGUUUCUGGCUGUAUUUGCAUAGCCGUUCUCGGGGACUGAUAAUUGAGGCCUGUGCUCAUGCAGUCUUCCUCUGCAAACUAUUACGUCAGUUGAGCAUAAAUUUGGCAAAGUAUGAACCUGCCUCAGUAGAGCCAUCUGAUUCUGCUAGCAGUGAACACAAUUUGAGGGUGGGAAUCAUUGGAGGUGGCCGCCUUGGGAAGCAGCUGGCUUGUUCACUGCUGAAGCUUGUCCCCAUCCCUGCAGAGAACCUUCGGAUAUCCACACGGAGGCCAGACGUCUUGGGUGAGGAGUGGGAUGUUAUCAAGAAAGAGGGAAUCCAGUGCUUUUACCAUAACCCUCACCUGGCGGGCUGGGCCAACAUGCUAUUCCUCUGUUGCUUGCCAUCUCAGUUGCCUAAUAUCUGCUUAGAAAUUCAAGGAAGUAUUGAGAAGAACUGCCUCGUGCAAAGCUUUGCAUCUGCUAUCCCAUUGCCCAGAUUGAGACUACUACUGAACAACCACACCAAUCUCUUACGGCCUGUGUAUCACUGUGUUGAGGAUACUGACCAUAUCUGGGGAGCCAAUAAGGAUAUUGCAACUGCGCUCCAAGAUCCCGUGAUUCUUCAAGCUACCUCCCCAUUCAGUUCCAGAGGGGGAAUAAACCUCAAUAUUAAAUGGUUGGAGGGAGUAUUGUAUGCAAUCCUAAAUGUCUGCACUUCAAGAAGCAUUUUCUACCCAAAAGCACUGGAGAUGCUGAACAGACUAUUUUUCAUUACUCAGUCUGAAGACUCAGCUUGUCCACGUUUCCAGCUAGAACAUUUUGUCAACCAAAUCUAUGUCAGGAACUUGUUUCACAGAAGGCCUUUCCCCUGGUUUGAUCUGACCACUGUACAACUCAGGGAAACGCCUUUUAGCCAGCAUCUCUCAAAUAGUCCAGCUCUCCAGGACCACCUUCACUAUGUAUACUGCGAAGUAUUCGAUGUCUCUGUAACCAAACAAAAGCCAGAGGGUACCACACACUCUCCAUCCCAUCAAGGCACCUCAAGAUCAUGAUCUUAUUCUCCUCAGAUGGGCUGGGCAGGACUUACACCCUAUAACAGAUAAAGGGCUAAGUCAUGUAGCUACAGUGUAUUUGAAAACUGUACUAAUUAAUGGCUCUUUGAAGUGUAAAAUAAAGCAAGAGGUCCUAAAUAUCAA